UACCAAAUCUGUCAAAAUCAAAAUCGUCAAGUUUUCGUUCAUCACAUUUUCACGAAAAACAAACAUUAAAAAUUUCAGCAUUAUUUAGCAGAAUAUGAGUAGAUAAAGGAUUAUGAACCGACGUGCAUCGCCUAUAGAUAACGAACAAUGCCGUCAGUGCUCCAGUUUUUCAGAUUAUAUAAAAGCAACAAAGAAAAAGAAAGAUGAAAAUAAUAACGUUAAGGGUGCCGAACAUACAGAUGCAAAAGGCCCGGCUGGCCCGGCGAAAGAUAUGGAACAUGUAAAACCAAGAAGAACUGAUUGUCCUUUGGAUAAAGAUGAGCUUGGAAACAAAUCAUGGGGCUUGCUGCAUACCAUGGCAGCUAAAUAUCCAAUGAAGCCUACCAAUAGCCAGCAGUGUGAGAUGAAAACAUUCUUUAAUGUAUUUUCAAAAUUUUAUCCUUGUCAGCAUUGCGCAGAAGAUUUGAGAGAAGAACUCAAAAUGGAACCACCCCGAGUAGAAUCACAAGAAGCUCUUAGCCAAUGGUUAUGCCGUCUACAUAACAAAGUUAAUGUAAAGAUCGGCAAAGAUAUAUUCGAUUGCUCUAAGGUUAAUGAAAGAUGGAGAGAUGGUUGGCUAGAUGGCUCUUGUGAUUAUUAGGAAAAUUUAGACAGGUUAGCAAAAUAUUGAGUAGAUUUAUAAAUGUUAAAUGUAAAAAUAAAACCUUUAUUAUAUUCUAA